AUGUUUAUGUACUAUUUAAAAAUGUGUAAUUUAAGUGCUUCAGGCCAUUUGUAAUAUCCAGUGCACUGAUCUUAUGUUACUAAAGAUUAAUUAAGCCGUUUCUCUGGUUUUAGGUCCAAUUUUCACUUGUGUUUUUUGAACUGUAAAUUAUUUACUGGAGCAUGUAAUGAAUCAAACAAAAUAGUCAUACACCUCUAUCUAUCUAUCGAUCUAUCUAUCCAUCUAAACUGGAUUCACGACUUUACUAAAACUUUACUGUAUUACUUAAAAUCUUUUUUUAGUCAACUGUACUAGAAAGCCCUUAUUUUGCAUUUAUACCACUGACAAAUAAAAUGUGAGUUUCUGAAAAUCUGAAACCGUGCAUCACUUGUUCCAGUCCAAACCAUGUUCCCCAAUGACCUCAUUAUAUCAUUCAUAUGAACACAGAGCUACAGGUGAGUGUCAGUUUUUGUUUUGUCUUUAUGUCAAGGUUGUUGUGUUAAUAUUUAAGAGUGAAUAAUUUCAUUUUACGACAGCUCGAAUUUGAAAGGAAGGAUGCUCUCCAUUAGACCCCUUUUUAGCAGUGUUUUGUCAUUUAAACCAUUUCUCUCUAUUAAUGGCAAAAAUUGACCCAGUCUAUCUGAAUGUUUUUUCUCCCUGUAUACUUAUCAUAAUUUCUGUGUCAGUUCCUCAGUCCUGCUGCAGGAGGCGCCAGUGAGUCUCCUCUGAUUGGCCAAUCAACCAUGAGGCUUCAGGAAUAAUGGGGACACAAAGUAACGUUUGCCAGGCGCUGAAGUACCUGUAUCAUAACGGAUCCUGUGGAAGAACACAUCACAAUUGUGCUUGAGAAGAGAGGAGAAGCUUCAGCGGCCCUGAGCAGAGUUUACAAGCCAUGUCCAUCUCCGACAGUCCUGGGUCCUCCAUCUGUAUGUUUGCUCUCCAUCAUCAGUCCUCCAGCUCUCCUGGCCCCCUGAACCCCGACUCUAGCAGCAUGAGCGCUCAGAUGCCUCAGAUGGACACGGGUCUGUACGGCCAGCCCAUGGCCUUUCCCAAGACGCCAGACGGCCGGAGCAUGGAGCAGAUGAUGGGCUUCGUGCCGUACUCCUCGUGUCUGACCCCCAGCAGCACUGAGCGAGCGCAGCAGAAUCAGCAGGAUUUUUCGCAGUUUCUUCUGCCGCCCCCGGCCUCCACCCUGCGGCCAAUGGGACAGAAGCGCGGCCCGAGCAAAGACAGCGUGGAAUACCGUCUGCGCAGAGAGCGCAACAACAUCGCAGUGAGAAAGAGUCGCGAUAAAGCCCGGCGGCGGAUCCAGCUGACCCAGCAGAGGGCGCUGCAGCUCCAGGACGAGAACCACAGCCUGCAGCUGCACAUCCAGCGCCUGUCGCACGAGGUGGAUGCACUCAGACACUACCUGUCACAGUGCCACCUACAGGCCAAAGAGCAGGACACCACCGGAGACUGAAGGUUCUGUUGAUCGUAGGGCUGCACGAUUAAUCAAAAUUAAAUCGCAAAGGCGAAAAAUU